ACACUUUUAUGCCUUUGUCUAAUGCACACAUAUAGUUUGUCAUAUGAAAUGAAUGAAUGAAUACUGCUUUUAUUGUUAGCAAAGUUACUAAACUUUUGUAUUAAAUUUGGGCCUGUCCAUAUUUUUUAUGCAGUCUUCUUGGGAAUGUUUUUUGUUGUCUGACUGAGUAUUCAGUUCAUAUGAAAAUAAGUCGCAGAUAAAUCGAAUAUUAGUUGCACUUCUGUGUUUUUAUCUUUUUCACCUCAUUUUUAAGCGUCUUGAUGUAGAUUUUUAGUUUCUGUAAAUGGAGGUAUUGAUCACCAAUGUAGAACUGUGGUAUGGAUACUGUUCUUUUUAAACGAUUUUCCAUUGUUUGGUAUUUUGAUGAUUUGUGGUUUACAUUUAUUGCUGUUCUUCUGUAAAUCUCUCAUGUAUGUCAUUUGAGUUUUUGCAGACCUGGUGAUGUGUGUGAGUGUGAAAGCUGCCACGUGGUGACACUGACCAGAGUUUUAUUUUGAAAAGGCAAUGCAGGAAACACUUCCUCUUAUUCUGUCUGGCUUGUUUGAAGCUGUUGUGAAGGUGCAGCACCCCCCAUCAUUUCUAACAGAACUGCUGCUACCGGGGUCCUGAAACUCACUGUCUCUCCUCCUCCUCCUCUUCCUCCUCCUCCUCCCAUCGCCUACUUUUGAUUGGGGGGGGGGUGUAUCGGUGAAGUCACAGUGAUGUCAUUUUAGGAUGUGAGUGUCGGGCAAGGUGAGCUGGUUUUGCGGUGAGUGGUGUCCUCUCCACGGCCAGCGUUGCCUGUACAGAGGCGCGGAGCGGCGAAAGAUGAUCAUCGCCACCGGCACCAAUUCAAGCUCCGCCGCGCUCCGUCCCUCUCCUCCUGCUCACAUCUCGGGCUAUGGGGCCUUGAUCUACCUUGAUCCCAAAAUAAGCCUUUACCACCACCACUAUGCCAAAGGACAAAAAAUAAGAAGAGUUGCAUUUCUAGGGCAGGUAACUUUGACCACGUGCCCCAAAGGUGAACUGGAUGGCCAUUGCGCAAAGGUGCCUCUACAGUAUGUCCAGCGGGGCCAGGACGCACUGGACGCUACCGGCUGUUAUUGUACUGUGGACUUCUCUGUGGGGGAUCGUUUCAUCCUAUCCGAUUCCGGGCAGGACUAAUGCGACUUUAUUGGAAAAGAAGUGGGAGACCCUGUUCUCCCGCUCCUAUCUGGGUAUAACCGGGGGGAAACCGGAGCUGAACUGGGAGAGCGACUAUUUGCAGGGCAUCAAAAGAGUGCGACGACUGUACUGCAACGUGGGCAUUGGGUUUCACCUGCAGGUGCUCCCGGACGGCAGGAUAAGCGGUGCACACAGUGAGAACCAAUACAGUCUCAUUGAGAUCUCCGCCGUGGAGCGAGGAGUGAUCAGCUUGUUCGGAGUGAGGAGUGAGCUGUUUGUCGCAAUGAACAGCAGGGGAAGGUUAUACGGAACGAGAUUCUUCGGGGAUGAGUGCAAGUUCAAGGAGACUUUGCUGCCCAACAACUACAACGCCUAUGAGUCUUUUGUUUACAAGGGCUUCUAUAUCGCCCUCAGCAAGCAUGGCCGCGUAAAGAGAGGCAACAAGGCCACCACCGCCAUGACUGUCACACACUUCCUCCCGCGGCUAUGAGAGCAAAUGGCAAUAACUCACUAAUUUGCACAUGUGGAUGUUCUUCCAGGUAACAUAGAAAUGCAUAGUCCUGAUAUACACACACACACACGGACGGACGGACGGACGGACUGCGAAUGAAAGCCCCUCAAUAUUUAUUCUGUUUAUAUAUGUAUAUUUGGAUAGCUAUCUUUGUAUAUGUACUGUGCUGCUUAUUGUUUUUAUGGACGGGGAGAGUGGAAGCCUUUGCCUGUCUCACUUAAUCUUGGUGCUUGCUGUAACUGAACUACGUGUCACUUCCUUUUUCUUUUUUUUCUUUUUUGAGAUGGAGGAUGAGCUAUAUCCUGUGCUUUUAAAGAGUGACAUGAAUACUUUUUAUUACCUCAAAGAAACACUUUACUAGUUUAACGGAUGCAUGGACUUCUGCGCGAUUAUCUGCUAAGUUUGUCAUUUCUUUCAAACCUUGGAGCGCUGGAUGGCCCCCCCCCCCGCUCGGCUGCCGAUGUCCGGCUGCAGGGCUUGGGGGGGACUUAAAUGCACUACCUUUGCUGCACGAUUUAAAGGUGCCUUGGUGUUCCCACUUGUGGCCCCCUUAAACUUGCAUGUAAGAGACACCCGCUGGAGUCAGAAAUAGGGCUGACACUCCGAAGAGGGCCUCAGGAGGGGGUGGGGGGGUGACUAUCUCUGGUUUAUUUUCUUUUCUGUAAUUAGAUCGAUUAAGUAAUAUACAAUCUGUGGUCGAAACCAGAGAGCGGUCAGCCAUGGAGGCUGGCAAGAGGCCACGAGUUUGACUUUGUGGCACACGAAAAGGGCGGCAUAUUUAUCUAUACAAGCAUGGAGAACAUUUGUUUGGACUGAACGGAUAGCUUUGCGAGCGCACAGCAGAAGUCGGCCUGCACGUUGUCUUGAACAAUGAAGCGGGAAGCUUCUGGCUGCUGCUGAGACUGAUGUCUGCCGUCCGUGAAAACCACUCGAUGUAAAUAGUCGCACAUGCAGAAAAGAAGAAUUCAGGAGCUUCUGAUGCUGCUUUGUCGCAGUUGCCUGAGUGAGGCAAAAAGAGUUCAGGUUGCACAGUUAGCCGUCGAUGAUGGUCGCCUAAACGUUUGAGCAAGACUCGUCCCCACAUUUGUCUCUCUUUUAUUUCUCUCAGUGUGUUUGGUGGGGUGCAUCCUGGGCCGUUUCCCCACCGGCUCGUCUGCGUGCCCUGCAGCAGCACUGCAGUGGCAGCGAGCUGCUGUGAGCUGAAGGCAGAUAGUUUGAAAUGUAAUUAUGGAUGAGCCGGUCGCGUGGCCCGAAGGACUGGAGGACGGCUGGUGGACACUGGACGCUCGCUGUAAGAACUGAAGUCAUUUCUGUCGCGUUUUAGUUUGAUUGUGUAAAUUGGAGGGCUUAAAGAGAAGCACUUUUUGGGCUGUUCACACCAGUACUGCUGCACGUGGUGGCAGUUUGCUCACACACUUUGUACACUCGCUGCUAAUGAUGUGCGCUGGUGUAAAGUUGAUGUCUUCUCAUGUUUUUCUUGCUUCGCUCACUUUCUGGGAAACUUACAGCGUGCAUCCACCCCUGUGGCUUCUGCAGCUGUUGACUUGACAACCUGAACGUUGCUCCACCUUCAGCCGCUGGCUGUUCAUGCGUUCAGAGAGGAAGCGGGACUGUUUAAAUCCAGGAAAGACGUAAUGCGAGGGAGCCGGCCUGUCGCCUUUGUUGUUCGUCAAAACCCCUGUGGGAAUGUGGAUCUGCCAGGAUGUCAGGCAGCCUCCCACAUACCUGAAUGUCCCCUCCACCCCAGCCACCCACCUCUGCCCGUCCCUCUUACCCUCCCCCCCUCACCCCACCACUCACCCACUGCAGGCCGGAGACCUUGGGAUUCCAGCUGUAACCCAGGAGCUUCCUCCUCCCCUUUCAGCCUUUUUUAGUUCAAGGUCAGAGUCACAGACCAGCCUUGGCCCCAACCCCAGUGGUCGACUAUAUGGGUCGAACUGUUUUCAUGAAAGCGGAAUUUCAGGUCUCUUUUUUUUUUUUUUUUUGUACACAGGAAACACUUUGUUUUCUGCUUAAACGUAACACAAUUUAAAGGAUGUAUGACUUGGCUGGUAGCUCUCGUGGUCCCCUUUGGUUCUCUGCUUCACACUCUUUAAAACAGUCCUGCCUCCCUUUUCUGAAUUUAGAGUCCCACCUCUUUAAAAUGCACCUCCACGACAUGCCGUCCCCUCCCCUUUCCAAGUACUUGCGUUGGGAUAUUUCUUGGGAGGGGACAUCUGCAGAGUUGAUGCAGUGUGUGUGAGGAGCAGAGUCCUGCAGAGCCUCACCUCUCCUGCUGCACUCCAGUCCUGCAGGACCGCACCUCAGCCAUCCUCAGGACGUGUCCUCUGCUGCUGCUGGGCGCCGCCCCGACCCCGAACACCAUUCAUCACAUACUGACACAGUAUCACCUGCCGCUCAGCUGUCUGUGAUGCACAGAUCAGCUCACAACAGUAUUUUGUUCUGAGAUUUGUUUUUUUAUGCAACACAGCAGAGCAGAUUUGUCAAACAAAAUGACGUGUGGCUGCUGUACACGAGCCUGCAUGAAAUGCAUGAGGCUGAUGUGCAUUGGCUGAAGUAGCAUAUUAAAUCCACAACGUUUUCCUCCGAGGACGGUGCGGAAGUGAACAGCGACGAUCACUUGUGGCGCCCGCAUCGCAGUCAACAGGU